AUGGUGGAUCAACAGGAGCGCGAGUUCCGCAGAAAGUUUGCCGGUAAUGCCGCAUUUUAUGCGGAUCUUGACGAGCAUCGUCAGCAGACUUUUCUUCAACGGAAUUUGAGGACGGUCUUUCGCUCCCAUGCGCAACAGCUUACGAGGAAAGCAGAGCCCGCAUAUAAAAUUGAGGAUGAAGAUACCAUCAAGGUCGACCAGUCUGGCGCAACGGGUGCAAAAAAGCCAAAGUGGACUCUUCCAUCCCGAGAAAUCUUGGAUGAUGUCAAUUUUCGCAAGACCGAGAGAGUCCUGAAGAUUGAUCUGAAAGGGAUUGUGAUGAAAGAACUGACUAAAGACACCGUGGAAAAUGCGAGCGCCUGGAGGACAGACCUCAAGUCUGAAAUUCCGUGUCAUGUCCAAUUGAGAAUCGUGGACUCAACCGGAUCUAAAGAAAAGACAGUGGUGCGAGAUGCCACAACGGGAACUAUCGGUGGUUUAGACAAGGAGAUCGGUAGCGACGGCCUGCAAAUCCAACUUGACACACCUUUCUACAUCAAUGUAGAAAAAUUAUUUGUCAAUGUGGAAAAAAACAAGCGCCGAAGGAUGUCCGCUGCUAGUUCGUAUUCAAUGGUUCUCGUUUUAAGCCCUAUGGAUUCGAGCACUUGGUUCGAACAAGAUUCUCGACGUUUGAAAGAUGCAUUAAAAUCGCUCCUUCGCUACACAGAAUCCGAACAGAGGAAUGCGACUGCAAAGACGAAGGACAUACAGGCUUUUUAUGCAAAAUGGCCAAAUCUCCUCCAAUGCCCACAGGAUGGCGCACUGCUUGAAACAUGCCGGUACAAGGAUGCCAAACCAAUAUCCGACUGUGGAAUUCUGGUAGAUAUGGGGUGGAAUAAGCAAAAAACUCCACUUGAAAGAUAUAAUAGCUUUCUCCGCGACUCGCCAGCUAUUCGAUUUCCGACACCUGUGUCUGACAGAGCGAGCGAAGCUUCCAAGGUAGAAGUCACGUAUGUGUUCGGAGAUUGGGUCUCGUCCACGGAUGGCUUCAGGAUGAAAGAGUGGAGUGUUCCUGGCUAUCACUGUCCGUUCUGCCAUGGCAAGAAUUUGACAUCGUUCGAACAUUUGUCCUUUCACUUGCGAAAUUCACAUGCUCUCUUCAAGUUUGAUCUGGAGCACGUGGUGAAUCUGGAGGCGCCAGACAAUCAGGCAAACGUUAGCGUGAAGGUCAACAUUCAUGACGACCUUCGCGAAACUCUUAUAAAUACGCCAGCAUAUCUUGAAGAUCUGGACUGGCAACGUCCUCGUCGUCCUUUUGACUUGAAAAAAUACUUGGAAGGUGAUCAUAGUUGGGUCGGAGGCAGUCAGACUCCUUUGCGAUCUUUGAAGCGCGCAUCAACUCGUCGACCGUCUCGCACAACUGCCAGCAGAGGCAUGUCUUCGACUCCGAGCGGUCUGCAAGACGAUGAGGUGCCAGAAAUCCCCCCAAAGCGACGGAAGAAGUAUGUUGUGCCUCCGGCACCAGAUCCUAGUAUCCGAUUCUUCCGAACGACAUCGAAGCGAAUGUUGAACGAAGGGGAGGAAAUCAGCGAGAGCGAUGACGAUGUUGAUGAGGCAUGGCUCAUCCACAAGCAUGACGAAGUCAUAGACGAUUUUAUCGACGUUAGCGAUCCUGAGAAGGAAUUCAUCAAACGUUGGGACGCGCAUAUGCUUGAAGAAGGAUUGAGUGGGAACAUACACUUUGCAGAUGCAAUGGUGCGGUUUGUGCGAGCCAACAAACUUUGGCUUUGCACCACUGAGAGGUUUGUCGAGUUCUCAAAAAUCUGUGCAAAGCUCAAAUUAAGCGGCACAAUCGGUGGGGCCGUCAUAUUGCGAUGCGUGCGUAUCAUCCAUGAAGAAGCAAAUGCCCAGGGAAAAGAUAUUAGUCUUGGCGCUGCACAACAAGCACCGGAUGUGACGGAGUCUCCGCUGUCGCGGCGUAAUCUACGUUUAGGCCAAUAUCAUCUCAGAAGCAGCAAGGAGAAAACCACUCCCGGAUUGUCUCAGUCACCAGCUCCAAAUGGAGUCAAACAAGAGCUAGAUGGCACACCUGCAGGACCGGAUGCGCUAUCGAACGACAAUCGCCCCGCUCGAACAAGAUCAGCCUACGGGGAAUGUAUCUGCGGCAAGACCAUAAAAGAUUUCCAUACUGCUAUCAUCUGCUCUCAACCUGGCUGCCUCCAACCAGAUUUCCAUCUUGUUUGUGCGGGCUUAGAGAACCGUGAACCUGGUUGGCUCUGUUCAUAUUGCUCUUCGAAAAGAAGGCCUCCAGAGUGA